UGGGAUUCCAUCAAUGAGAUGGAUGAGUAUUUCAGCCCCAUCCACACGUACCAGGUGUGUAACGUGAUGAGUCCCAGUCAGAACAACUGGCUGAGGACAGGCUGGAUUGCUCGUGACGGAGCCAGGAGGAUCUACAUCGAGGUCAAGUUCACCCUCCGGGACUGUAACAGCAUGCCUGGAGUAUUGGGCACCUGCAAGGUACGAGAUGGAGGGGUGAAAGAGUAAGACAGGUGACAGAGGGGGAGAAGAUUUAAACAAGGGUUCCCCAACUUCCCCAAUUGUUAUUUUAUUUUGUAUUGUUGGACAUUAAGAUUGUAAAAACACCAGCAAAUUUAAUUUUGGAAAUACUAUAUGUUCCAAAGUAUUCUCACACAUAAUAGAGAGAUAUACACUGAGUAUACAAAACAUUAAGAACACCUGCUCUUUCCAUGACAUAGAAUGACCAGGUGAAUCCAGGUGAAAGCUAUGAUCCCUUAUUGAUGUCACCUGUUAAAUCCACUUCAAUCAAUGUAGAUGAAAGGGAGGAGACAGGUUAAAGAAGGAUUUUUAAGCCUUGAGACAAUUGAGGCAUGGAUUGUGUAUGUGUGCCAUUCAGAGGGUAAAUGGGCAAGACAAAAUAUUUAAGUACCUUUGAACGGGGUAUGAUAGUAGGUGCCAGGCUCACCGGUUUGAGAGCAACGCUGCUGGGUAUUUCAUGCUUGAUAGUUUCUUGUGUGUCUACAAAUUCCUGUGCAGUCAACAAAUUAUUAUUAAUUUUAAACUGGGUAGUUUGAACCCUGAAUGCUGAUUGGCUGAAAGCCGUGGUAUAUCAGACCGUAUACCACAGGUAUGACAAAAAAAAAUUAACGGUUUACUUUUCUAAUUACGUUGGUAACCAGUUUAUAAUAGCAAUAAGGCACCUUGGGGGUUUGUGGUAUAUGGCCAGUAUCCAGGCACUCUGCGUUGCGUCAUGCAUAAGAACAGCCCUUAGCCGUGGUAUUUUGGCCAUAUACCACACCACCUCAGGCCUUAUUGCUUUAUUAUGUUCUGAAUCCCUGACCAGCCACUCAAGAAAGAAAUUGGACCGCAGCUGAAUCUAGGUGAUGAUCCCUGAUUUAGACCUUGCCACUUAAAAAUGCAACUCAUUGACUUGGUCAAUUCCAUAUGUCUCAUCAAAGAAGAGAAACAGAUUUAUUUUAAUUAACCUUAAUUCCAAGAGUGCAGUCCUUUUUUUUCUCAUCAUUGACAAUCUGAUUUCUCUUUUCACAGUAAACCUGUAAACAACUGUGUGUAUGUGUUAUGUUAUCUGAUGAACAGGAGACAUUUAACCUGUACUACUAUGAGUCAGACCGAGCGGUGGGCGCGGCCAUAAAAGAGACCCAGUUCACCAAGAUCGACACCAUCGCUGCUGAUGAGAGCUUCACUGGAGUGGACCUGGGAGUCAGGAGGCUCAAACUCAACACUGAGGUUCGCUCACUUAUUAGAAACCAGAGUGAAGGCCUCCCGAAUGGCGCAGCGGUCUAAGGCACUGCAUUGCAGUGCUUGAGGCAUCACUACAGACCCAGGUUCAAUCACAGGCUGUGUCACAACCGGCCGUGACCGGGAGUCCCAUAGGGCGGCGCACAAUUGGCCCAGCGUCGUCCGGAUUAGGGGAGGGUUUGGCCGGGGGGGCUUUACUUGGCUCAUCGCGCUCUAGUGACUCCUUGUGGCGGACCGGGCACCUGCAGGCUGACUUCGGUCGUCAGUUGAAUGGUGUUUCCUCCAACACAUUUGUGCAGCUGGCUUCCGGGUUAAGCGGGCGGGUGUUAAGAAGCGCGGUUUGGCGGGACAUGUUUUGGAGGAAGGAUGACUCGACCUUCGCCUCUCCCGAGCCCGUUGGGGAGUUGCAGCAAUGAGACAAGAUCGUAAUUGGAUCGCAAUUGGAUAUCACGAAAUUGGGGGGAAAAAGGGGGUACAAAAUAAGAAACCAAAGUGCAAAAUGAUGUUGGUUGAUAUAUAUGUUUUGAGUGAGCAAUGUUGAUUUCUACUUCUUAGCCAGCAUGGUGCUAAAGUGAGUGGAGCACCUAAUCUCAUGCCUUUCAUAGUGCCACAUUUGACUUUGCUCCCACUUGUAUUUUUUUUAUUUUUAUGAAUCAUUGUGAUGUAAUGUCCCCUCCUUCUCCUCCAGGUGCGAGGUGUGGGCCCCCUCACUAGACGAGGCUUCUACCUGGCCUUCCAGGACAUCGGGGCGUGCAUCGCCCUGACCUCUGUGAGGGUGUACUACAAGCGCUGCUCGGGCGUGGGCCGCAACUUGGCCGUGUUCACUGACGUGGUGACGGGCGCUGACUCCUCCUCCCUGGUGGAGGUCAGGGGUCAGUGUGUGGACCACGCCGAGGAGAGAGACACGCCCAAGAUGUACUGCAGCGCCGAGGGGGAGUGGCUGGUGCCCAUCGGGAGGUGUGUCUGCAGUGCGGGGUUCGAGGAGCACAGGGAGUCCUGCGUC